AUGAGCGAAGAAGGCCGACAUCCGGCGAACUCGCCCUCUUUUGCCCGGCUUGCCUGCCAGCCCGGCAUCAAUGCUCCACUCCCGGCUGAUAGGAAUGUUGAUGAUCCCAGUUGGUUGUAUGCCCGUUCACUGGUCAUGGAUGGCAACUUCAAAGCAGAGCACCUUCAUCCCACUCAUCCGGAAGAUGAAGUCUGGUUGACGGACAGUCAAUGCUUCAUGGUUGCCAAAGACCGAUACAAGGCUCAUCUAGCUGUUGCCAACGACGUUGUCCAACUGUCGGAAUGCAACAACCACCAAGCAGUCAACCAGGCCAAUGCGUCCCGACACAAAUUAGAGGCUACCAGGAUAGGAGGGUGUGCCUGUGCCUGCCACAGUUGUUUCGUGCCCCAUUCCAUUGUGGAUUUUCAAAAGGGCGAAAGACAAAUGAAUAUGGACUACGCCUUAUGUCACGCAUUGGGCCACAACACCGAUGGACUUAGUCAAGCAUUCACAUUUUGCAACAUUAAUUGCCAGUAUAACAAGUACUUCAGGCAUCGGGUGAACAAGAGCCUGUACUUGAACGUCCCAUCCGACAUGGAGAUUAUACCGGGAAUUGGACUCUGGCAUGUCCACGGACAUCAAGACAAGUGUUAUGUUUGGUACACAUUGACAUUUAUCACUGGGCAGCUCAGAUCGACGGAGAAAUUAUGGAGACUUUGUGGGCACCUCUGGAUAUCAUUAUCUCCCACUGCUAGAGGCAUGUCCACCCCCCACCAGCAGGAGUGUCUUGAUUACCAGAUGAAUGACUCCAAUUUCAUGAAGAUGAUUCACAUGAGUUGA